AUGAAGUACGGUCCUGUGGUUCUGACGGCUGGUCUCACUGGUUUGCUCAGCUUCAGCCUCCUCGCUGUGGCAAUUGGGACUGAUUAUUGGUACAUAAUCGAUGUGAAUAAACCCAACUACACAGGUCCGGAUGACCUGAGCUCACACUCUGGAUUAUGGAGAGUCAAUGAAGGAGCAAAUAGGAGUUCAGUCAUCUCCUCUUUCACUGCAAAUAUGUCUGGCCUGUCAGAGACAGAAAGGCACCUUCUUGGCUUGCACAAGGUGGUGGUCAUCAUGUUGCCUCUCAGCCUUAUUCUGCUGGUGUUGGGCUGGAUAUUUGGACUUGUCAGCUCGUUGGCCUGCAGCCCCAAGUUGCUGGCUGCAUCGGCAUCCUACUUUCUUUGUUGCAGUGUUUUUACCCUGACUGGGGUCAGCAUCUACAUCAAAUACUCCAACCAGGCCAUGGAGGAGUUCCAGCGAGUUGUGCCCCCUGAGAAUCUAAUUUACGUCCAUGUGUCAUUUGGCUGGUCCUUGGCUUCUGCAUGGCUCUCCUACAGCCUGGAGGUGGCAACUGGUCUGCUGCUGAUGCUGGCUGCCAGGAUAAUUACGAUCAAGGGGCAUUAUGAUUCUGGUGUAGCUAUCGCCAUGUUAUAAUGAACCUCAAAGCCUAUUCUAUUUGUUCUUAUUUAUUUAUUUAUUUAUUUAUUUAUUUAUUUAUUUCAAACAGGCUCACAAGACAUCAGGCAGGUCAAGAGUUGAGCGCAGAACUGAGCACGAGGUGGCUCUACAUAACUGCAAACAGUUGCACAAAAAAAUCUGAUUUAAUGAUUUUGUUGAGCAUCUGCUUCAUUGUGAAUAUGGUGCAUUGUGAUGCACACUGCCUUCCAUCUUCUUGACAUUCUUUUCCACCUGCUGACCCUGCCUCAAGUAAUGUGGGAUGUGGUAAAAAAAAAAAAAAA